GCCAGGAUCCCCUCACGCGCCCCCGGACGGGUCGCUCGGCCGUCGGCCUCGGCACUUCCAGGUUCCCUUCCCUGUCCGCCGGGACGCCCGAGAGCCCCGCGCGCGGCGGGGGCGCGUGGUGGAGCCGGCGGGGGCGGCCAAUGCGAAACUGGCUGGUGCUGCUGUGCCCGUGUGUGCUCGGGGCCGCGCUGCACCUCUGGCUGCGGCUGCGCUCCCCGCCGCCCGCCCGCGCCUCCGGGGCCGGCCCCGCAGAUAAUUCAGCCUUAUCACCACAGUGGAAAACUAGGCACUAUGAUGUGGUAGUGGGAGUGUUAUCAGCUCGCAAUAACCAUGAACUUCGAAACGUGAUAAGAAGCACCUGGCUGAAGCAUUUGCUGCAACAUCCAGCGUUAAGUCAGCGUGUGCUUGUGAAGUUCAUAAUAGGUGCUCAUGGCUGUGAAGUGCCCGUGGAAGACAGGGAGGACCCUUACUCCUGCAAACUGCUCAACAUCACCAAUCCAGUUCUGAAUCAGGAGAUUGAAGCCUUCAGUCUUUCUGAAGACACCUCAUCAGGACUCCCUGAGGACCGGGUGGUCAGCGUGAGCUUCCGCGUUCUCUACCCCAUCGUGAUUACCAGUCUAGGAGUGUUCUAUGAUGCCAGCGAUGUGGGCUUCCAGAGGAACAUCACCGUCAAGCUCUACCAGGCAGAACAGGAGGAGGCCCUCUUCGUCGCUCGCUUUAGUCCUCCAAGCUGUGGCGUGCAGGUGAAUAAGCUGUGGUACAAGCCUGUGGAACAGUUCAUCUUGCCAGAGAGCUUUGAAGGCACCAUCGUGUGGGAGAGCCAGGACGUGCUGGGCCUGGUGUCACGGAAUCUCCACAGAGUGACGGUGAAUGAUGGCGGGGGAGUGCUCAGAGUCAUGGCAGCUGGGGAGGGUGCACUGCCUCGUGAGCUCGUGGAAGGUGUGGAGGGAGUCGCAGGUGGUUUUAUUUAUACUAUCCAGGAAGGCGAUGCUCUGUUGCGCAGCCUUCAUUCUCGCCCUCGGAGACUCAUUGAUCACCUGAGAAAUCUCCACGAGGAAGAUGCCUUACUGAAGGAGGAGAGCAGCAUCUAUGAUGAUAUCGUUUUUGUGGAUGUAGUCGACACUUACCGAAAUGUUCCCACAAAACUGCUCAACUUCUAUAGCUGGACUGUGGCCACUAUCAGCUUCGAUUUGUUGCUCAAGACAGAUGAUGACUGCUACGUAGACUUAGAGGCAGUGUUUAACAGAAUCACCCAGAAGAAUCUGGAUGGGCCCAACUUUUGGUGGGGAAAUUUCAGGUUGAACUGGGCCGUUGACCGAACUGGGAAGUGGCAGGAGUUGGAGUACCCAAGUCCUGCCUACCCUGCCUUUGCAUGUGGGUCAGGGUACGUCAUCUCCAGGGACAUUGUCGGCUGGUUGGCAAGCAACGCAGGCUGGUUAAAGACCUAUCAGGGUGAAGAUGUCAGCAUGGGCAUCUGGAUGGCUGCCAUAGGACCCAGAAGGUACCAGGACAGCCUGUGGCUCUGUGAGAAGACCUGCGAGACAGGCAUGUUGUCUUCUCCACAGUAUUCGCCGCAGGAACUGACAGAACUGUGGGAACGGAAGGAGUCGUGCGGUGACCCCUGCCUGUGUGUCGCAAGAUAGCAGUGACUUGAUGCCACCAUGUUGAAAGUGGUGGUAGGCGAAUGCUAUGUGGAGGCUGGCUCCUGGUCGGGUGGUAGAGUGCGCAGCUUCUGGGCAGAGCAUGAGCUGGCCCUGUCACCUGUACCCAGUGUGGUAAUGCUGUUUGCAUGGAUGACCUUGGUAAGAACCAAUGGAUACUGUAGCUAUAAGAAGUUUUUAAACCAUAUAUUUGAAGAUGCUUAGGAAAAGUACCAAAUUAUUUUAUAAAAAAGAUUUCUAAAUGCAUCAUGGCUAAUUUAGUAAUAAUUAAUAAUGAUUACCUAUCAUUUUUGGUUAAAACUUGGCCUAGUUCAGAAAAUCUCAGUAUAUGCAGAAUUUUAGCAUGAAUGGUAGAGGAGCUUCAUAAAGAUAAUUAUGAACCAAAAAGAAUGCAGCUGCCCUGUGAUCACAUAAACCAGAGCUGGAGAGAGAGAUGGAAUUAGUCAGAUUGUGUGGGUCUCUGAAGUACAGUUUGAACAUGAAAAAGAACCAAUAGCAUUCUAAGUUCUGGCCCAUCCAUGUAGUAGAUUGGUAGCUAUCUGUGCCAUUUAACAAACCCGAAAGAUGACAGUUUAAACAAAUUUUUGUGAAUAAGAAAAAGUAAGUACUUCUCAGGGUUUUUGGUGCCGUCAGGAAAGAUAUUUCAAAAUCAUUGGCACUUUGAAAGAAUUUUUCCUGUCACUGCCUAUAUUUACAUGUGUUCAGUUUAGUUGUAACUGUAGGGAAAAGCAUGUGAUUGGUUUUUAAGCUGAGAAAAGAGAUAAUAGCAUAUGUUACACCUGGUGGAGGAUGGGACAUUUCCCAGCAGGAACAACCAAAUCAUGUUAGUGACCAUAAUUUAAUUGUUGGUUUUAUCACAGACAUUAACUAUGUAUUUAAAUCUUCACAUAAUGAAAUACAGUGGUGAACUUUAAAUAUGAAGAUCAGAAAGCUCUUAAGGCGUAAAGCAUUUAUUAUUACUAUUAUAUACAAAGUCUCCUCCCCAUAAGAAAUACAUCCUUUGUCAUUCCCAAGCCAUUGAUUUCCAGGGAACCCUAAUCAUGAUACAGCUUAGUCUCAAUUUUAUUUGUUGGUGUUACCGUCGCACUAAUAGACAAUCUCCACUUUCCACAGAAUAAAACUGCAAUGACUUUAAGUCAUUUUCUAGUUCAAUUUCUCUGCCCGGCAUCUAAAAUUAGAGCAAAGGUUGAGAGACAGGGUGAUUAUGGCAGAUCUAACAAAGCACAUUAUAUGGUUAUACAUAUCCUCCAUGUCCCCCCAAACAACCGGCCCGCGGAUCACCCUAUACAACUAAUGGACACAAGAUCUGCCUUGACCAUCCGACAGUGUUAGGAGCAGCCUGAAAUCGCUUGUCAGGUGUGCGGGGCUGGGCUUUACUUUAGGAACUUACUUUGGUACUUUCAUAGGACAGCUGAAGUUCUGACACAGGAGCUUUGAAAAGACGUGAGAGCAGUCCUUUCACCUUCUGAAUAGUCAUGGAGUCUAUCAAGAAAAAGAAAAACCCCAUCAGUUCUCUCAGAAUGACAGGUACUUACACUACAAGCUCACAUGACCACACUGGCUGGGCUAACAACUGUGGCCGUGCUGUCUCCUUACCAGGUAAAUAGGGACAAGCUUGAGUCACCUGACAGGCUGUGGGAAACUGACCCAAGUGCUCUUUGACAGUGAGGUUUCAUACCACUCAUUUUAAUACUGCUUGUUUUGUCUUUACUCUGAAUAAACCAGAAGUAGUGAUUGCAGCACA